GAGGACAAGGGACCCAACGAGGGUCUGACGGAGCGCAGCCUGCAGGACGCCCAGCGGCUCUACCUGAUGAACGACGUGGUGCAGCCCGAGUCCACCGACCCGCUCGUCAUGCAGGACGACGUGCGCUUCUCCAGCCUGGUGGUGGACAUCGUGCAGGGCAUGGACACGCUGUACCACGUCAUGUACAUCAGCACGGAAUACGGCACCAUCCUGAAGGCGCUGGCUACGCCCAACAAGAACCUCCAGGGCUGCUACCUGGAGGAGAUGGAGGUCCUCCCUGCGGGGGCCCGAGAGCCCAUCCUCAGUCUGCAGAUCCUGCACAGCGACAGGUCGCUCUUUGUCGGGCUCAACGACCGAGUCCUGAAGAUCCCGCUGGAGAGGUGUUCCUCCUACAGGACGGAGACGUGAGUACCGCCAAACCACGUCCUACUUAU